CUAUUUUCCUUUAAGAGGGGCUACUACUCUCACCAACCACAAUUCAAGACGAUUACGUUAACACAUUUCUCUUCAAACAACCUAUUUCUUUGCUGUUAUCAAUGGCUGCGGUGAAUGUACCUUCGUUCCUACCUCUAACGACCAUCAUUCAUCACUCACAAACUCCAAAAUCUUGUAUUGUAUCGUGUACAAUUAGAACAUCAUCUUCAUCUUCAUCUCCAGCUUUGAUUUCAAAUUCCUCAAAUGGGUCUUUCAAAGCUCGGUUUGGAUCCUCCAGAGGAGGAGCUAAUGUGUUAGAAAGACCUUCUUUUGAUCAGUCUCAGUUUGACCCUGCUACCCAAGUUCAAGAAGGUGGAGAUAUUGGUCGGGUGAGAGACAAGAAAAACACCGGCAGUGGAGAUAGUUACAAGGUGCUUUUGAUCGAUGAUGCGCGUCAUACCGAGAAGCUAGUUGUAAAAGCAUUGCCGCAGGCUGUUCCAUCUGUUACACCCGAUGAUGCAAGAAAACUCUUCAAUGUUUCACGAGAAAACGGUCUUGCAGUGGUUCUAGUUACAGUCAAGGAACAUGCAGAGUUCUAUGCUCAGAUGAUGACGCGCAAAGGACUGCGAUCAACGAUAGAGCCAGAUUCGACUACUGUAUGAUAUUCCUAUGCAGUUACAUUUUUUGAGGUUUAGAUUCCUUGAUGAAGUAAUCUCAAAAGAACCAAUUUUGAUCAUGGAGCUAGUAGAAGUAUAAGGUUCAUGCACAAUGAGUGUAAACUUGUAUUUUCCUCAGUUUUGUCAUGAAACACUAGUAGUGAUUGUAAUAGUAGAUUGAUAUAACUGAAGAUGCUAUCUCAUAUAGCAAACAAAAAACCUAUUUUUUGUGACUUUAUCAUUACACAAUUUUACUUUCUAUGUUUUCAGGAGUUUA